AUGGUCAAAGGAUCAGUGGUAAUCACUAACCAUGUGCAAGAGCUUUUCCCAGGAACCCUCUGUCACCAUGAAGUGAUGGGCUUUGAGGCAGAUCCUGAUUCCCAUAGAGAGAGCUUCUGGGCAGGUUCCGCCCAUCAAUGGAGUGUUACGCUUCCCGAGUCCACUGCUGGGCUGGAGGGAGAGUCUGUAAUUCUGGAUUGUUCUUUCAGUUACCCUGACCCACCGAAUAAACCAUAUACUAUAUGGGGCCAAUGGUUCAAAGGUAAUCCAUGCAAUGAAAGAGCAGAGAAGAUAUAUGAAAGCAACGAAAGCAACAACAGAAUAAAAUUAACAGGAAACCUGACAAAGAAAAACUGCUCAAUUGAGAUAAGUGACCUCAGGAAAACUGAUACUGGUCAUUACUGCUUCAGGUUUGAAAUACCGGGUUUCGAUAAAUGGACCGGAAAACUAUCCAUCAGUGUCGAUGUGUACGAUCGUCCUGGCAACCCCACUGUUUUCCCAAGUGAAGUGGCUGAAGGGAUCAGCACCACUUUAACGUGUACUUCGUCUAACGUUGUAACACAGGUCAAACCCAAGCUGACCUGGGAAGGAAUCACUGAGCUGACAGAUCAGAAGACCGUGAAUAAGGAGAAACAGUCUUUAUCUGACCGGAAAAUCACCAGUUCAUUCACUUUUGUUCCAUCAUACCAACAUCAUCUCAAGCUGAUCAAAUGUGUGGUCAGUUGUGCUAACUACCAAUGCUCAAAACAAAGCAACAUAACGCUUCAGGUCAAAUAUGCCCCCCGAAAUACAACAAUUCAAAUAAAUGAACCUCUGGAUAUCAUUGAGGGGAGUGAAAAUGUGACGCUGACGUGCAGCACUGACAGCUACCCUCAAGCUACUCACACCUGGUACAAGACGAAAAGACACACAAACACAACACAAACUCUGAACAGUACAGGCAGCGUCUUGUUGUUCAAAACAAUAUCCAGAAUGGAUUUCGGAACCUUUACCUGUGUGGUAAAUAAUUCACAGGGAAAUGACACCUCUGCAGCUGACAUCAAUGUCAAGUAUGCCCCACGAAAUACAACAAUUCAAAUAAAUGAACCUCUGGAUAUCAUUGAGGGGAGAGAAAAUGUGACGCUGACGUGCAGCACUGACUGCUACCCUCAAGCUACUCACACCUGGUACAAGACAAAAAGACACACAAACACAACACAAACUCUGAACAGUACAGGCAGCGUCUUGUUGUUCAAAACAAUAUCCAGAAUGGAUUCCGGAACCUUUACCUGUGUGGUAAAUAAUUCACAGGGAAAUGACACCUCUGCAGCUGACAUCAAUGUCAAGUAUCCCCCCCGAAAUACAACAAUUCAAAUAAAUAAACCUCUGGAUAUCAUUGAGGGGAGAGAAAAUGUGACGCUGACGUGCAGCACUGACAGCUACCCUCAAGCUACUCACACCUGGUACAAGACAAAAAGACACACAAACACAACACAAACUCUGAACAGUACAGGCAGCGUCUUGUUGUUCAAAACAAUAUCCAGAAUGGAUUCCGGAACCUUUACCUGUGUGGUAAAUAAUUCACAGGGAAAUGACACUUCUGCAGCUGACAUCAAUGUCAAGUAUGCCCCCCGAAAUACAACAAUUCAAAUAAAUGAACCUCUGGAUAUCAUUGAGGGGAGAGAAAAUGUGACGCUGACGUGCAGCACUGACAGCUACCCUCAAGCUACUCACACCUGGUACAAGACGAAAAGAGACACAAACACAACACAAACUCUGAACAGUACAGGCAGCGUCUUGUUGUUCAAAACAAUAUCCAGAAGGGAUUCCGGAACCUUUACCUGUGUGGUAAAUAAUUCACAGGGAAAUGACACCGCUGCAGCUGACAUCAAUGUCAAGUAUCCCCCCCGAAAUACAACAAUUCAAAUAAAUAAACCUCUGGAUAUCAUUGAGGGGAGAGAAAAUGUGACGCUGACGUGCAGCACUGUCAGCUACCCUCAAGCUACUCACACCUGGUACAAGACAAAAAGUCACACAAACACAACACAAACUCUGAACAGUACAGGCAGCGUCUUGUUGUUCAAAACAAUAUCCAGAAUGGAUUCCGGAACCUUUACCUGUGUGGUAAAUAAUUCACAGGGAAAUGACACUUCUGCAGCUGACAUCAAUGUCAAGUAUGCCCCACAAAAUACAACAAUUCAAAUAAAUAAACCUCUGGAUAUCAUUGAGGGGAGAGAAAAUGUGACGCUGACGUGCAGCACUGACAGCUAUCCUCAAGCUACUCACACCUGGUACAAGACAAAAAGACACACAAACACAACACAAACUCUGAAAAGUACAGGCAGCGUCUUGUUGUUCAAAACAAUAUCCAGAAGGGAUUUCGGAACCUUUACCUGUGUGGUAAAUAAUUCACAGGGAAAUGACACCUCUGCAGCUGACAUCAAUGUCAAGUAUGGACCCAGUGAAAUUAACAUAAGUCAAAAUGGGCUGAAUUACAAGUGUGUCACAGACGCCAACCCUCCAGCAACCAUCAUUUGGAAUCUAACUGAAUCGAUGACAAAGAAAACUUCCCAAAUCCAUGAAAAUAAGUCUACGAACAGCCUGGAAGUGCAAGGAUUAGAAAGCUUCUGUGUUUCAUGUCGAGCUGAGAAUGAAUAUGGUCGUGUGUAUUCAAGGGAAAGUUGCUCAAUGUCAAAACAGAGUUGGUCAGCAAUACGGCAAUUAAUAUUUGUUGGAAUCGGAGUUAUUGUCGUCUUCAUCCUUCUCUUGACUGUGGUGCUAGUGUACUGCAUAAAACAACUAAACCAAAGGAAACAGAUGGAAAAUGAUUCCCAAGCCAUGAUGCUCCAUGAAUUUCCAAAUUCCAUUCAGGAUCACCGGUUGAUUGAGCAGGACAACAAGCACAAAGAAGAUUGUGGGUAUGAAAAUUUCAUAGAUAGUUCGGAAUCAGCUAACGAGAACCUUGGAGACAAUUCGCUGCAUGAUUCCUGCAUCCCCGACAAGCCAGAGCAAUCCAAAGCAGCCAAACCAGAUGAGGAAGAAUGCAUAUAUAGUAACAUAAAGGAUGAGGAGGACAACAAGCACAAGGAAGAUUGUGGGUAUGAAAAUUUCAAGGAUGGAUCGGAACCGGCUAAGGAGAAGCUUGGAGACAAUUUGCUGCAUGAUUCCUGCAUCCCCGACAAGCCAGAGCAUUCCAAAGCAGCCAAACCAGAUGAGGAAGAAUGCAUAUAUAGUAACAUAGAGCCAAAAGAAAUGCAUGGAGGUGCUGAGCCGGAGGAGGAGUGCAUGCAGCCAGAAGUGAACGCAUCUCAGAUAGCUGACAAGAGGGAUUCUGAAGCCAGUUUGGUGUACGCUUCCAUAUGUUUUACUAAACAGCCGGAGGCACUGAAACCAGCAGAAGAUGACUCAGAGAAAAUUAUUUAUUCCAGUUUGCGGGUAAAAUAGGUUUAAUAAAACAGCUUAUUCUUCAUAUUUUACUCCGAUGGAAAUGGCUUGAUUUGUUGCUGGUACCAAUGAAGCGCAAAUGUUACUGCUCAUAGCUUUUAAUUCCAACGAUGAUGAUAGAAAGAAAAACUUUGCUUCUUUCAAGCUUCUGUAAUGCCAAACCACACUUCUCAGAUAUUACUGUCACAUUCAGACUUGAAAAGAGACAUCUCAGUGGGGAUCUUAUAAAUGUACUCUAUGUAGGAUAUUUUCCACCACAUAAUAAUCAACACUUUCUGGGUGUGAAUGAGCCAAUGUUGUUUAAAAUAGUAUACAAGUAACUUGUCACAAAAAAGAUAUUUUUAAAAAAAGGUAAAUAUUCAGAAAGAAUUUUUAAAAGCAUAUUAGGGUAAGGAGAAAGCGAAAAGAAAUGGGACUCGAAGAUCUGGCAUGAUCUAAUAGACAGCAACAACUUGCUUUUAUUAACGGGGGGUUGGUGGUAGUGCGAGUCCCUUUGCUGACCAGCAGAAUUUCACCCCACUUAGACACCUAUGUGCUAGGGAACUGUAAUAGUGAUGCUUGACAAAUUGUUCAAUUCUUAACAGAAAAUCGACUUCAAAAUUAUAACCUGUGUUCAAGAAUUUACCAAAAUUCUGAACUCUGAAAUGCUAUGUUAGCAGAGUAAAUCUAAAGGGUAAAGGGUGGAAUUUUACCCCAGGAAUGUCUUGCUGCCUCUGAAGCUAAGUUCAUAACAAUAUUUAAUU